AUGGCAGCAGCGACCAAGGACGUGGACCGGAAGAUGACCGACCAUGACUACCUCCUCAUGGAGCGGGAGCUCUAUGAAGAGAGCAUACGUGCACUGGAGGUGCGACUCGCCCAGCUCGAAGACGGUACGCUGCCAGAGUACGUGGAGCAGGUGCAGGCAUUUGCGGCGGAGAAGCAGUCGCGCCUCGACCUUGCACGGCUCCGGCGCGAUCUCCUCGAGAAGAACAGCGCUGAGCUGCUCGCGUUCGACCUGCAGCAGCUGGAUGAAGUCUACGCCCAGGCCAUGGAGCGUGCGCUGCGCACGCCGCCGCCAUCCCACGACGAGCUGGACACAUGUGCCAUCGACAACACGGCGCUGCCUCUGCCUAUCGGAAAGACUUUGUCAAAUAGCGAGCUCGAAGCGGCCUUGGAUCGUACCCUCGACGAGAAGCGCCGGCUCUUCAACCUCGAGCAUAUUGCCGCGGUCCAGCCCAGCACGUCCACGAUCGUCGCCCAGCUCCAAACCACGCGCGAUGCAUGGCAGGCCGCUCAGGUCGCGAUGGACGCAUCUUCGCCCGAAGAAUGCUUUUGGGAUGCGAUGCACAAGACGUUGCACAUCUGCGAGCAGCCAUAUCGCGUCGGCGACGCUAUCGUGCUCCACUCAGCGCUGGCCAACGAAGAUUUUUACGGUGAAAUUGCGUCCGCGAAUGAGACCGCGGUGCAGCUCAAGCUGCUGUGUGACUCGGUCGUCACUGUACCACUGGCCUCCCUGCGAGACCGUCGGUGUCGGCUGCAGCGGCAAGACGAUGGACGAUCGUCCGACGCACCAUUUUCGCCGGCCCCGACCACACCGCUUCGCCGCGCCUCGACACCGCGCUCGCGCCGCAAGUCCCGAUCGCGGCGAGUUCUCUCGCUGCUGUAG